AUGGAGCAGGUGUCAUCAACAGGCAGACCCGUGCAGAUCACUGUGACUGAUGGAUAUGACUUGAAAGGUUUUAAAGGAGAUACUCCAGUUACCUUUAUUCAUGCAGAAUUCAAUCAGGUGGUUCUGGGAGACUCUGCAAAAAUUACUGUUUCUCCAGAAGGAACUGCAAAAUACAACUUCACUUGCAGUUUUGAGUUCAGUCCUGAAGGUGGAAUCACUUUAGAUGACCUCGCCCACAAACCUGUGUUCUUAACAAUGACUGAAGUUUUACCAAAAGAAAAGAAACAGAAAGAGGAGAAGACCAUGAUUCUUGGUCAGGCUGUUGUGGACCUUCUUCCUUUACUGGAAGGAGAGAGUUCGUUUGAAACAGUGGUCCCAUUGCACCCUGUGCCAGGCUCUCCCUUAGAACCUCUUCGAUCGGGUGUUAAGUUCCUCCUGGGAUCUGUAGCUUCUUGGGGCACUGCUUUUGUCACUGUUGUGCAAGCACACUCACUCUCAGCAGAUACCACAGCUGUCUUCUGUUUUGCACAGCAGUGCAGUCUUGAAGUUAAAGUAUUUGUGGCAGAGCCCUUAUUGACCGCAGCCCAGGUCUCAGGAGGGAAUCUUCUGAAGGUCACACUGGAGGCUGCCUACUCUGUGCCUGAAUCCUUCAUUCCAGUAGGGUCGCUGCAGAACUACAUGGUUGGUCUGCAAGUUCCAUCAGCUGGAGAGAGAGACUACCCCAUUUUCUUCAAAAAUGGAACUCUGAAGCUUGGAGGGGAAAGAGAACCUGUUCCUCGGCCCAAAAAAUGGCCUAUUGCCAACAUUCUGGCUCCAGGAGCUAACAACAUUCCUGAUGCAUUCAUCGUUGGUGGGCCCUAUGAAGAGGAAGAAGGGGAACUCAACCACCCUGAGGACCAGGAAUUUAGAAACCAAGCAGAGUGCAUAAAGAAAAGGAUUACUUGGGACUUGGAAAGUCGCUGCUACCUUGAUCCUCCUGCAGUAGUCAGUUUUCAGAAGCGAAUUUCUGAUUGCCGAUUUUGGCCUGUAGAGAUCACAAGGGUUCCUCUGGUUACUGUACCCAAAGGGAAAUCUGCUAAAUUUGAAAAGACUGAUGAUGAAGGUCAGCUUUCAUUUCAUGGUGUGGCUUAUGUUAAUAUGGUGCCAUUGCUGUAUCCAGGUGUGAAGAGGAUUCGGGGAGCUUUUCAUGUUUACCCUUACCUAGAUAGUGCAGUCUAUGAAAAGACCAAGUGUUUAUUUAGCUUGUUCCGGGAUACUGGCCAUAAUUUGAUUCAGAAUAAUAAAAUAGGAGGAAUUAAUUCUCCAGUGUCCAAACCAGUUAUUUCUAAGAAUCUGAAAGAAGAUAAAACAGUCAAAGAAAAGGAUAUAGAAGCAAGGCCUAGGCCUGGGGAUGUGCAGGCACCUAGUAUAAAAUCUCAGAGCUCAGAUACUCCUUUGGAAGUUGAACCCUCUCUUUGCAACAAUCCAGAAGGACAGCAAUAUGUAGAAGCAGGGACAUACAUUGUGUUGGAGAUUGAGCUGGACAAAGCCUUGGUUCCGAAACGAAUGCCAGAGGAACUAGCUAGAAGGGUUAAGGAAAUAAUUCCUCCAAGGCCACCUCUUACCCGUCGGACAGGAGGAGCUCAGAAGGCAAUGAGUGACUACCACAUGCAGAUCAAGAACAUUUCUAGAGCCAUUCUGAAUGAGUAUCACAGGAUGUUUGGAAAACAGGCAGUCAAAGUGGGGAGUGAUCUGGAUAGUGAAACCCUGGAGGAGCAGAAGUGUCAGCUCAACUAUGAACUUAAUUGCUCUGGAAAAUACUUUGCUUUCAAAGAACAACUCAAGCAUGCUGUGGUAAAGAUUGUGAGAGAAAAGUACUUGAAGACAACAUCAUUUGAAAGCCAAGAGGAGCUGCAGAAAUUUAUUAGUGAGCUCUAUGUUUUUUUGGUGGAUCAGAUGCAUGUGGCCUUAAAUCAAGCCAUGCCAGAUGAUGUCCAAGGCACUCCUUCAACCAUUUAUACUAGCAGUGAACAGCUUCGACUCUUUGCAUUUGAAGCAGAAGUCAAUGAGAACUAUGAAAUGGCAACAGUGUACUAUGAAGAGAGGUUGGUUCGUGAGCCACAGAACCUGGAGCACUGGCUGGACUAUGGUGCCUUCUGCCUCCUAACUGAAGACAACAUCAAAGCACAGGAGUGUUUUCGGAAAGCCCUUUCCCUGAACCAGACUCAUAUCCACAGCUUGUUGCUGUGUGGUGUCCUGGCUGUCCUGAUGGAGAACUAUGAGCAGGCAGAAAUUUUCUUUGAAGAUGCCACUUGCUUGGAGCCAACUAAUGUUGUAGCCUGGACUUUACUUGGCUUGUACUAUGAAAUUCAAAACAACGAUAUUCGAAUGGAAAUGGCAUUUCAUGAAGCCUUCAAACAGCUUCAGGCACGAGUGCUUCAGGCACAAGUUACGAAGCAGAGGAGCACUGGUACUGCAGAGUACGUUGAAGAAGGAGGGAAAGCAGAAUCCAGUUUAGGCCCUUGGGGAAUUACCAGUGGUUCUUCUACACCAGCAAUCAAGGUGGAAGCCCCAGCAGGACUAGGAGCGCCAUUAUCCAUUGUAGAUGAAUUUCUUGAUGAAUCCUCUAACCUGCAGUUGGAUUCACAUGAACCCAUUUUGUCUGUACAGUCUCAGGAUCCAGCUACCAGCCAAAGACCAUCCAACACAUUUAUCAAGGAGAUACCAUCAAAAAAAGAAGCAUCAAAGUGUCAAGAGUCAUCGACUUGUCUGCAUUCCACCCCUUAUAGUGUUUCCCUAACUCCUACCACCAUCUUCAUGGAGACCAUACGCUUCCUGAUGAAGGUCAAUGCUGUGCAGUAUGUACACAGAGUGCUUGCCCAUGAACUAUUAUGCCCUCAUGGAGGCCCCAGCUGUGAGUAUUACUUGGUUCUAGCCCAGACACACCUUCUCAAGAAGGACUUUGCUAAAGCAGAGGAAUACCUUCAACAAGCAGCCCAGAUGGACUACCUGAACCCUAACGUCUGGGGCGUGAAGGGCCAUCUCUAUUUUCUCAGUGGAAAUCAUGCUGAGGCCAAGGCAUGCUAUGAGCGAACCGUUAGUUUUGUAGUAGAUGCUUCUGAGAUGCACUUCAUCUUCCUGCGACUGGGGCAAAUAUAUCUGGAAGAGAAGGAGUAUGAAAAGGCAAAGAAAACCUACCUGCAAGCCUGUAAGAGAUCACCUUCGUGCCUUACCUGGCUAGGACUGGGAAUCGCCUGUUAUCGGCUGGAGGAGCUCACAGAGGCUGAGGAUGCUCUCUCUGAAGCCAAUGCACUGAACAACUACAAUGCUGAAGUAUGGGCAUAUCUGGCUCUGGUCUGCCUGAAAGCUGGACGGCAGCUGGAAGCUGAGCAGGCUUACAAGUACACAAUGAAGCUGAAAUUGAAAGAUGAAAAUCUGCUUGCAGAGAUCCACAUGGUUCAGGAGGCAGUUGGCUUUGGAAAUCCAUCUUUCUGACAUCCUUCCACCUGAAAAUUUUUCUGUAUGGGACACUGAGCUCCUUUCCUUCCCAGAGAAAUUAAACCCUGGAUGUUUCACCAUAUGAGAGCUGGGAAUAAAGAAAAAAGGAUCUUCAACAAAAACUGAAACCCAUUCAUUUCCAUUGGCUAUCUUACUGGAUGGCUAUGUUACUGGAUGUUUUACUGGUUGACAGUAAACUGGAUGGCAAUAAAA